GAAUCCGGGUUUGGAAUCCUGCCUUUGAUGUCACCCCCCACGAACUCAUCACAGGUGGCAUCAUCACUGAACUGGGUGUCUUUGCCCCUGAGGAGCUCCGAGGAGCCCUAAGUGCCUCCGUCUUCUCAGAGGGACAGACCCUAGAUAGUCCCUGGGUGUGACUGGCUGGCCCUCCGUGCCCUGCCCUGACUUCCUCUGGUUUUAUAAUAAAGUUCUCAAAUGGCUACCCAAAGUUCAUCUUCACCCACACUCCCUCUUCCAGCUGCAGGAACAGAUAUGGUUUGCCAGGUUCUGCAGAGUUUCAGCAUCCACAGCAAAGCUGCCUAAGACAGCGGUUCCUUUAAGUGCGCCGCUCUGUGUCGGGUGAGGCCUUGAGACUUUGCGUCCCACUGUAGCCAAUGACGUCUUCGACUUCCGCUUUUCUGCACGUGGCCCCGCCUCUUCCGGGUUGCGGUAGAACAUGGCGCAGGGACAACGCAAGUUCCAGGCGCAGAAACCUAAAAGCAAGGCUGCCGCGGCGGAGCGGAGCCGCGGGCCUCGGAAAGGCGGUCGAGUCAUCGCUCCCAAGAAGGCGCGCGUUGUUCAGCAGCAGAAGUUGAAGAAGAGCCUGGAAGUGGGAAUCCGGAAGAAGAUUGAGCAUGACGUGGUAAUGAAGGCCAGCUCCAGCCUGCCUAAGAGGCUUGCACUGCUGAAGGGAGCAUCAAAGAAAUCAGAAGCCACCAUCCCUGGCAAGACACCAUCCUGAAGGCACUGGGACUUUGCUGGUCACCCCACAGGCUGGCUGGACUUGGAAGAGGGCCCUGCUCCAGUCCUGGUGGCCCCUGGAACAAUGGGCAGGUGAUGGUAAAGCCAGGCUAGCUCCCAAGGGCUGAAGGGUGCUCAGCCUCCUCUGCUGGUGUGAUGAUAAAUGUGGCUCUGUUGUCUCUCCAGCCGUUCAGUGGGCAUAAUCUCACCCCCAGGUGCUGGGUCCCCACCCCAGUCAUCUAAUGUCAGCCUGUCACACCAGUAAUCCAGAGCCACUUGGGGAUGCUCCAGUGUUACCCAAUAAAGCUGUGUCACAGAGGC